AUGGCGACCCUCGACACCCUGAAGCGCGCCCUUCGGAAGAAAGCAAAAGCAACACCAGCAUCUUCCGAUACACAAGAACUAUCCGACUUGCAGUAUUUCCAUGGCCUCAACCUCUUGGCUCAAGGCUCGAGCGUCUAUCAAGACUUUAUCGCCCCUCAGCUGGCCCUUCUGCUAGCUCCUCUCAACUCAGAUUCCCCCAUCUCGGUCCUCGAAAUCGGCCCCGGCCCCAAGAGCGUUCUUGGACACCUACCUGACUAUCUGCGCAAGAAGGUUGAGAGAUACGAAGCAUUUGAGCCCAGCGAGUUGUUCCUUGCUCAGCUGGAAGACUGGUUUACCGGAUCCCCUCUGCCUCGAUUGGAGAGCCCCCCUGACAUUCAUCCAAUUGACUUCCAUCUGAACAACGACAUUCGCGAUAUGGGAAAGUUCGAUCUCAUUCUAUUCUGUCACAGCAUGUACGGCAUAAAACUCAAGCGCGACUAUAUCAAACAGGCGCUGGAGAUGCUCACAGGGAGGGGGAUUAUCGCCAUCUUCCAUCGCGAAAACCUACAUUUUGCCGACCUGGUGUGCCACAAGACAGCUUCAUUCCCUAACGGAGUCACUCGAGUGCUCAAUGAAGUUGUGGCGCUUGACUAUUUUGCUCCGUUAAUCGCCGGAUUCGACAUGCGGCAAGCCCCCAGUCUUCGACUCAAAUGGCACAAGAUAUGCCGUGCAUUGGGCCGUCAAGAGGGAGAACAUCUCCUGUUCAGUUCACCCGAGAUCAUGAUAACCUUCAACAAGCAUGCCACAGCGCUGCCAAAGCUGAUGGCUUUGGUCCCGUCGAUCAAAGAUAAGACAGUCAAGAACCGGGAGGCCAACGUCCACCAGCCGGCCGCGAUUAUGAGACCAAAAAAUGUCCAACACGUUCAACAGUGCGUUGAAUGGGCUCGGGAGCACAAAAUCGGCCUGGCUAUCGUCGGCGGAGGUCAUAGUGGUCAUUGUCUCCAACCCAAUGCCGUCUCGGUCGACAUGAGUGCCUUUGACAAACUACACAUCCUCAAAGGGGAGGGUUUUGAUCUUGGAUCAUUGAUCGUUGCUGAAGCUGGCUGCAAGACAGGAGAUAUCAUCCAGAAGACCAUGGAGAAGGGCCUAACUGUGCCCCUGGGUUCCCGGCCAACUGUUGGAGCAGGACUUUGGCUACAAGGCGGCAUCGGACACCUGUCUAGACUUCACGGCCUUGCGUGUGAUGCCAUUGUCGGUGCUGUGGUGGUCAGCGUCGGCACCGGAAAGGUUCUCUGUAUCGGCAAUGUCCCAAGUCAACAUCAACCCACCGAUGCUGUGCGCCCCGACGAAGAAGAGGAUCUGUUGUGGGCAUUGAAAGGCGCUGGAACCAACCUUGGUAUUGUCGUCAAGGUUACGUUCAUGGCGCACGCGGCUUCAACGUAUUUGGUCAAAAAUUGGAUCCCUUCCUUGACGCCCGGACUCGAAACACAGUUCCACCUCGACAGUCUCAACGUGGCCGCCAAGGGGCUCCCCCGGGAAUGCUCUGUUGACGGAUACCUCUUCUACCAGGACAACGAGCUUCGUCUUGGAGUGACUACAUUUGAUACCGAGCAAGUGCCUAGGACCCCGGUUUUCGGUGCACUCUUCGGGCCAGAAAUCGACUCCAAGCUCGUGAAUGGCGUUGAAUUGUUCGACAACGAGAUGUACAUGUCCAAGAUGCACGGGGGACACGGCGGCGGCAAGACAUCUUCGUUUAAGAGAUGCAUCUUCUUGAAGGGCGUCGGAGAUGUGAAGACGGCUGACAUUUUGGUGGAUGUGGUCAAGAAUCGGCCUUCACCUCUUUGCUACCUUCAUCUCCUUCAUGGCGGUGAGGCGGUUUCCGACGUGGCUGAAACUGCCACUGCCUUUGGAUGUCGAGACUGGAUGUUUGUUUGUGUUAUCACUGCUGUUUGGCCCUGUGAUCAAGAUGGCACUGCAACAUCUCGAGGAGCCGUGCAAUGGGUUUACGACGUUGCCGAGAAGUUGCUGCCCCUGAGUGCCGGAGCGUACGGGGCUGAUCUCGGACCCGACCCGAGAGACAAAGCACUGGCAGCCUGGGCUUUUGGACCGAACCGUACCCGUCUUGCCGAGCUCAAACAGCGCCUGGAUCCGGACAAUGUUUUGGCAUACGCCUGUCCUCUCCUGAAGGCCCCAAAGCAGAAGCUUGUGAUUCUCGUCACGGGCGAAAGCGGCUCUGGUAAAGACUACUGUGCCGACAUCUGGGCUUCUGUCUUUACCAUGAGUGCGAUCAGAGCCCGUACUGUCAGCAUUAGCGACGAGACCAAGCAAGGGUACGCCGCUGCUACCGGUUCUGACCUAAGGCGGCUGCUCUCGGACCGGGAUUACAAGGAAGAGCACCGACCAGCGUUGACCGAGUUCUUCCAGGAACAGCUAAAGAAACGAUCUGAGCUCCUCAAGGAACAUUUCCUGAAGGCGAUGAAGAACCUUGCAGAUGUGGACGUGUUGAUGAUUACUGGGAUGAGAGACGAGGCGCCACUGGUAACCUUUUCGCCUUUGUUUCCAGACAUCAAGAUGAUUGAGGUUCGUGUUCAAACCAGCCAGUGGAUACGACGAAUUCGCCGAGGGGGCCAAGACGACAGUGACAGCAGUGAGCUAAAGGCGGCAGCUACUUUCACCUUCAACAACGACACGGACGGGGACGAAAAGGUCAAGAGCUUUGCCAAGCGUCAUCUGCUUCCAUUCUUUCAUGAGGACUUGGAACGCUUGGCUGGCAUGGUGCCCACGAUCCCUGACUAUCCAACCCCAGUCGACUUUCGCCAUGUGCUCAACAUCGUUUCGAGCCCCAAUGGACUAACUCUGUGCACCUCUUUGUUCGAGACUCACUUUUCAGGGGACUGGACUAAAGUCGAUGCCAUAGCUUCCUGCGAAGCUGGCGGCUUUCUCCUUGCAUCGCCUUUGGCCCAACAGCUCGAUAAACCCAUGAUACCGAUCCGCAAGGCUGGUAAACUGCCUCCGCCAGUUGUUUUGGUCUCCAAGUCAUCAUCGCACAUCUCAUCUUUGGCAGAGCACUAUGAUACAGAUCAGGGGAUUGAGAUGAACCCGGAUUUGGUCUCCGAGGGCAUGUCAGUUGUGGUGGUGGACGAUGUACUUGCCACAGGGAAGACGCUUUGUGCUGUGCUCCGACUCCUGUGUGAAGCUGGGGCUCGUGUUGAGAACAUCAACGUCAUGGUUGUGGCCGAGUUUCCCUAUCACGAUGGUCGUGGGUUCUUGCAGAAGGAAGGCUUUGAAGGGGUCAACAUCCAGAGUCUUUUGGUAUUUGCCGGUGCGUAG